GCUUAGGCCAGAGAUUCCAAGGGCCAGUGAGUACUCAAGAAGUCCGGCUUCAUCAAAUCUUUCUAGCGGUUUUAAAGCUGCAAACUCAUCGUAGAUUUCAGAGUCUGAACUGUUUUAGAGUACAGUAUGUCGCAUUUCAAAUGAAAAACUUUUUUUUUUUUGAAGCUUUCAUUUUGAAAUCGUCCGUGGUUUCCGGCUUUCUUCUGCUUUCCUCCUUCUCUUGACGUUUGAGUUUUGUGGCCUCAAACCGAGCGCUCAGGCAGGCAGCGUGUGCACAACAGAGCGGCGCGGGGCGUAUGCCGACGGCGACCACCCGGCAACCUGUUCACCUACUUCACACAGGUUUCACCACAAGGUUUCAUUAGUCUUUUUUUCCGAGUGGAGAGCAGCAUCAGCAGGGACUCAGUUUCGAUGCCGGGGAGAUGAUCAAGGUGGUGCAGUCUCUGCCUGGAGGCUGGUGGGAAGGAGAGAAAGAUGGAGCCCGUGGAUGGUUUCCUUCAAGUUAUGUCCAGGUGCUGGAGAGAACAGCAUCGCUAAGUCAGCUUCCACUGGAGGACCUGAGAGACCCUCUGCCUCCUCACUGGAAAUGCUACAUGUCUCCACAAGGGCGGCGAUACUAUGUCAACACCACAAGCAAUGAGACCACAUGGGAAAGACCUUCCAGUGCUCCUGGGACUCCAAAAUCCUCCUUACGACACAAGAGCUCCUUGCCUGCAGUGAACGGGUUUCACUCAGGUGGGAGUCCCUUGCAUCAUCUGGAAACUCCACACAAUAACUCGGCCCGGAAAAGCACUACAGAGCCACAGAGCCCGGGACCAAUAUCGCCCACCAGGAAACAGAACAAGGAGACCACAGUGACGAUUAAUUGUGUGACUUUCCCUCUGCCUGCCUCCAUGUCAGAACAGCAGUUGCUUAAGCCAAACGAAUGGAGUUACUGUGACUACUUCUGGACUGAUAAGAAGGAUCCCCAGGCCAAUGGCUACAUCACCGGGUUUGAAGUUUUGUUACAGAAACAGCUGAAAGGGAAACAAAUGCAGAAAGAGAUGGCCGAAUUUGUACGAGAGAGAAUAAAAAUAGAGGAGGAAUACGCCAAGAAUCUCUCCAAGCUUUCCCAGAUUCCUCUAGCGAGCCAGGAAGAAGGGACGCUGGGGGAGGCUUGGGCCCAGUUGAAGAAGAGUCUGGCUGAUGAAGCGGAGGUUCACCUGAAAUUCUCCUCAAAACUCCAGAGUGAAGUGGAGAAACCUUUGCUGAGCUUCAGGGAGAACUUUAAGAAGGACAUGAAGAGGUUCGACCAUCAUAUUGCAGACUUGCGAAAGCAGCUCGUUGGUCGCUAUGCUUCGGUAGAAAAGGCUCGUAAAGCUCUGGCCGACAGACAGAAGGAGUUAGAAUUGAAAACUCAGCAGCUGGAGAUCAAACUCAACAACAAGACUGAGGAAGACAUCAAGAAAGCCCGCAGGAAAUCCACUCAAGCAGGAGAUGAGCUCAUGCGCUGCGUGGACCUAUACAACCAGUCACAGUCCAAAUGGUUUGAGGAGAUGGUCACCACCAGUCUGGAGUUGGAGCGGCUGGAGUUGGAGCGAGUGGAGAUGAUCCGGCAGCACUUGUGUCAGUACACCACAUUACGACAUGAAACGGAUAUGUUCAAACAAAGCACGAUGGAGCCGGUGGACCAGCUGUUACAGUGUGUAGACCCCGCCAAAGACAGAGAGCUGUGGGUGCAGGAGAACAAGACCGGAGACAUCAGGCCUGUGGACAUAGAGAUAUAAACUGUACUGGACAGGUCUGCUCACCUUGCAGUCCCACCGACAUGUCUGCCUGACGGAGGGUGUUCAACAGCGUGCUGGAUCACUAAUGCAGCAAUGAUCCUUUUAUGACCUUUAACAAAGAGUGGAGGUGUGUGUGUGUGUGUGUGUGUGUGUGUGUGUGUGUGUGUGUGUCAAGAACCUGCUGACGAUGAUGAAGUCAAUUUCGAGGUCAAACUAAGCCAACUUCGUCUUUCUUUCAUUCUGCAAGGAAAGCAAUUGUACACCUAAACGAUGCAAGACUUUGUCUAAAAGAUGAAGAAAGACCAUCAGUGAACAGUGUACAGAUGUUAAAUUGCUCUUUGUCAUGCUGCAGUUUAAAAGCUGCUGUUUUUAAUGUGCUUUUGUUCUGUGUGAUAGUUAUGGCUGACGUAAUAUCAUUGUACGCCACAUGCAAGUACUGACCCUCGCGCCUCUCUCUAUUGCAAUACGGUCCUGCAAGUAUUCUAUGUUGAUACAGUAUGCGAUGAUGGAUACAACCAUUAACCAUAAAAUAUUUACAUUAUGUUUAAACUGAUGUGUUUUUGAUUAGCGAUUUCAUUUGGACUGCCACCACAUUCCUUCAUUCAUUUUCCGUACCGCUUAUGCUGAAUAGGGUCAUGGGCGUGCUGGAGCCUAUCCCAGCUAUCUUCGGACGAGAGGCAGGUUACACCCUGGCCUGGUCGCCAGCCAAUCGCAGAUCACAUAAUAAACAAACAACUCACUCACAUUCACACCUACAGCAAUUUAGAGUCUUCAAUUAACCGACCACGCAUGUUUUUGGGAUGUGGGAGGAAACCGGAGUACAUAGAGAAAAAACCCACGCAGGCACGGGGAGAACACGCAAACUCCACACAGGCGAGGCCAGAUUCUAACCCGGGUCCUCAGAACUGUGAGGCAGAUGUGCUAACCAGUCGUCCACCAUUCCCUGCCACCACAUAUUAGCUGGUUUUCAAAAGUGAUACUUAUUUUGAAAGAGGUUCAAAACAAAUACUGUAAUUUCUUGUCUGUAAUAUGCAUUUUUGUUUUUCAAAAUAAAUCAUCAAAAAGUCAAAAGAGCGUAUUACUGCGUACAUUGGUGUAAGGAAAAAGAAAAAAAAUAUUUAAUUUUCUAUAAACAUAUAUGGAUUGAAUAUAUAAUGGAAUUUGAGUAAUCCACGUCAGUUACUGAUCUGUAAAUUGAGGAAAGGGUGCAGUUAUUACCAGAUUAUUAUGAUAGUCUUAUUAAUGGAUUCUUUGCAUUUGUAAAUGUACUUGUUCAAUUUAAAAUAUUUUUUAAAGGCAAGUCCAAAUUAUAUAAAUAUUAUCAUUCCUAGACCAAAAAACAACUUGACACUCCAUAGAAUGGUUGUUCUGUAUUUGUGAUGUUAAAAAAAAACAGAUCAGUAUCCUGUUUUUGCCCAUUGACUGAUGUGGUCAAUGGUGUCAGUAUGUAGCCAGAAUUGCUAAUGGUUGCAAUAGAUGUUGAAGCAAAUUAAUACAUUUUUACAAUUCCUGUAAUUAGCCAUGGAAAAUGUGAUUAGAAAAGUGUCGACUGCAAAAUAAAAAUCUGUGUUUCAAAACUUUUUGGAAUUUGGAAAGUCUGAAACUUGCAAUUUUACAGCCAUUGUUGGUCAAAUUCAAGAAGGAAUUUAUUUCUAAUGGAUAUGCUUUUAUUAUGAUCAGGGACCAUGGUUACACCUGUGUGAUAAGCAAUACUCUAGAAGGCUGAAGGAUGUAAAAAAAAAAACAAUAAAACAACAACCUAUACAAAGUUGUUUUUGCAACUCCUCUUUGUCAUUAAUUGCCCACUAGAGCUGGUAUAAAGUGCAUCUCAAUAAAUUGGAAUAUCAUGAAAAACACGAUUUCAGUAGUUCAAUGCACAAAGUGAAACAUAUAUACAGUAUAAUGAACCUGCAUAGAGUGACAUUUAUUUUUAAAUACUUUUAUUGUAAUUUUGAUGAUAAUGAUCAUAGUUUACUGCUAACAAUCUGAACAACUUAGGAUACAUAACUACUUUAAAAUCGGAAUUUGGUAUUAGGUAUGCAAAUGGGCCUUCUGAAAACAAUUUUCCAAUGUUUAAUGAAUUAAUAUAACAAGUUUUGCUUUUUGAAUUAAAGUAGUGAAAUAAGUAAAACUUUUCGAAUAUUAUUUAGAUGCACUUGUACAUCAAUUGUGAGUAUACAUUAAUACGCAAAUUUUUAUUUUUUGAUGAAUUAGGUGAGCUUAACACACUUAUGAACGACGUGUGUGUUGUCAUGGUGAGGUGUUUUCUGUGUUAUAUUACAACUUCCAAAUAGCAAAACACAAAAGUCAGAUUGGGUGACAACAUUUAACAACUCAAAGUACGUCUUUUACCACCCCCCCCAAAAAAACUAAUAAAUAAAUAAAAUUUCACAUUCAACUAUAAAAUGGGAUUGAAGACUAAAUUGCCCGUAGGUGUGAAUGUACGCGCGAAUGGUUGUUUGUUUAUAUGUGCCCUGUGAUUGGCUGGCGAUCAGUUCGGGGUGUACCCCGCCUCUCGCCCGAAGACAGCUGGGAUACGCUCCAGCACCCCCCGCGACCCUUGUGGGGAUAAAGCGGUACAGACAAUGGAUGGAUGGAACUAUAAAAUGGUUUAUUACAGUCAAAGGCAGUGAUAGGAAAUGUGUGUAAAAGUAAAAUAUAGAAACUCUAUUUAAUAUUUUUCGGUAAACUAGAAACCCACGUGGAUAGCACCUUAUGUCAAACUAAUACAAACUGCCCUGAGACAUUGAUUAGUCAUUUUUUAUGAAUGAGUCUCAUGAUGUGUAUUUUUCACUUGGUGGAGAUACAUUGCAUUGUUGGGGAAUAGAAGUGGCCCCAAUGCUGUUUAAGAAAUGUUUCAAUGAAUGAAAAUACAAAUUGUAUUAAGUCAGUUAACAAUGAUAUAGUCACUUUCUAUCCAGAUGGUAGUUCAUUAUGUUGUUUUAAAUGAGACAUCCAAAUAUUAUUAAUUGAUUAACCAGAUGGCUUUUGUUGUCUACGUUUUGUUUUGUUAGCUUACCCAACAGCUUAGACAUAUUCAGUAACAUGUUAUUACACGUUAGUUGCAUUUUAAACCAAUAUGUCAAGAAUGGCCAAAAAUAAUUUUAGCUGAUCAACGGUCUACAACUGAUAUAUGAAGUGCUACUUAUAGUAUAUUUAUUAACACAACUGCAGAGAGCACCAGGCAUUUCUUAUGUGUAAGGUGUUUAUUUAUUCAAGAUAAGAGAACAACACGCUCUGCAAUUAACUGGGGCGUGUAUUAGAGCAUUAUAUGAGGAAACACAGUAUAAAGAUAUAAUCUGUUUUAACACACCAUUCAAUAUCACUAUCAAUAUAUGCAGCAGUUACUGGAUAAGAUGAAGUGUGUUAAAAAUGUGUAGUUCAUGACAAAUGAAGGAGUGCACAAUUAAAUGCUGGGGUUUUGUUUAUAAUGUGAUGGU